CCCACCAACCACUGCGUCUGUGACAUUCUCUAAACAUCAUUUUGCACUCAAGAGAAGAGACAAAAGACUAAAUUAAUUUCAUGGCUCAAAUCACUGCGACCUCUCUUCUUCCUCAGCCUUCUUCCUCCUCUGCUCUCCCUUCCCGUAUUCCCCACUAUGCCUAUGCUUCAGGUCCCUUCAGAUGUCAGAAUGUAGCUUUCCCGAGAACCACUUCACUAGCUCCAGAGCUUAACCGCAAUGUCGUUGUUAGCAAUCAAGUCACCGCUUCCCGCAGCUGCAAGAAUCAAGCUAUUCGAGCUGUUCUAUCUGGUGAUGGAAAUGGUGUGGUGGUUACUGAUGCAAAGGGUGUUGGGCUUCGUGGGAAACUCAACAAAGUUGUUCUAGCCUACAGUGGAGGUUUAGACACUUCUGUCAUUGUGCCUUGGCUCAAGGAGAAUUAUGGCUGUGAAGUUGUGUGCUUUACUGCAGAUGUUGGUCAGGGCUUAAAAGAAUUGGAGGGUUUAGAACAAAAGGCCAAGGCCAGUGGUGCUUCUCAGUUGGUCGUUAAGGAUCUAACAGAAGAGUUUGUGAAAGAUUACAUAUUCCCUUGUCUUCGAGCUGGUGCCAUCUAUGAGCGAAAAUACUUGCUUGGUACCUCCAUGGCGCGUCCUGUUAUUGCAAAGGCUAUGGUUGAUGUAGCAGCAGAAGUUGGAGCUGAUGCGGUUGCACAUGGGUGUACUGGCAAAGGCAAUGACCAGGUUCGCUUUGAACUCACCUUCUUCUCAUUAAACCCGGAACUUAAAGUUGUGGCGCCAUGGAGAGAAUGGGAAAUCCAAGGCAGAGAAGAUGCUAUCGAGUAUGCGAAGAAGCAUAACGUUCCUGUUCCCGUGACAAAGAAAUCCAUUUACAGCCGAGACAGGAACCUGUGGCACCUCAGUCAUGAGGGAGAUAUAUUGGAAGAUCCUGCAAAUGAGCCAAAGAAAGAUAUGUACAUGAUAAGUGUAGACCCUGAAGAUGCUCCUGAUGAGCCUGAGUACAUCGAGAUAGGGAUAGAAUCAGGGAUCCCGGUCUCUCUCAACGGGAAGACUCUCUCUCCAGCCACACUUCUCUCCGAACUAAACAAAAUAGGCGGAAAACACGGAAUAGGCCGCAUUGACAUGGUAGAGAACCGUCUAGUUGGAAUGAAAUCUCGUGGAGUGUAUGAAACACCAGGAGGCACAGUUCUAUUCAAAGCUUGCCAAGAACUAGAAUCACUAACAUUGGACAGAGAGACAAUUCAGGUUAAAGACUCGUUAGCACUCAAAUAUGCAGAGAUGGUUUACGCGGGAAGAUGGUUUGACCCAUUGAGAGAAUCAAUGGACGCCUUCAUGGAGAAGAUAACGGAGAAGACAACAGGGUCGGUUAGAUUGAAGCUGUACAAAGGGAGUGUGACAGUGACGGCGCGACAGAGUCCGUUUAGUCUGUAUAGACAGGAUAUAUCAUCGUUUGAAGGGAGUGAGAUUUACAACCAAGCGGAUGCAGCUGGAUUCAUUCGGUUAUAUGGUCUUCCUAUGAGAGUUAGAGCCAUGCUUGACAAGGGAAUCUAAAUGUGUUCUAUAUUCUCUUCGUCUUGUUGAUGAUUUGUGUUUUGCAUUUUUGCGAUUAUUUAGUUUUUUUCAAGGCUUUUGAAUUCAGACUUGAGGGUUUCUCUAUACAAGAAAAUCUAUUGGUUUCUUUUGUUUUUAAUGGUAAAGUAUUGAUUUUUAUGUAAUUGUAUGA